UGCUCGCUCGCUCGCGCGGUCGCAGCGGUAGCCCAGGCCUUUUGGUUCUGUGGCACGUGACGGUCGGGCCUCCUCUGCUGCUGUCUCCACUGCAGCGUGGGGCCUGGUGUGCGGGCGGGAGGAGCGCGGGCGCCGCCGGCGGUCCCUGGGAGGCUCGAGAUCAUGGAAGAGAAGUGGUUGCUGUGUGUGUUGCUCGUCCUUGGAACUGCUGUCAUUCAGGCUCAUGAGGGCCAUGAUGAUGACGUGAUUGAUAUUGAGGAUGACCUGGAUGAUGUCAUUGAAGAGGUAGAAGACUCAAAAUCGAAACCAGAGACCAGCACUCCUCCAUCUCCAAAGGUUACCUACAAAGCUCCAGUUCCAACAGGGGAAGUGUAUUUUGCUGAUUCCUUUGACCGAGGAACUCUGUCUGGGUGGAUUUUAUCCAAAGCCAAGAAAGAUGACACUGAUGAUGAAAUUGCCAAAUAUGAUGGAAAAUGGGAGGUAGAUGAAAUGAAGGAAACAAAACUUCCAGGGGACAAAGGACUUGUAUUGAUGUCUCGGGCCAAGCAUCAUGCGAUCUCUGCUAAACUGAACAAGCCCUUCCUGUUUGAAACCAAGCCUCUCAUUGUUCAGUAUGAGGUUAAUUUCCAAAAUGGAAUAGAAUGUGGUGGUGCCUAUGUGAAGCUGCUUUCCAAAACCCCGGAACUAAACUUGGAUCAGUUCCAUGACAAGACUCCUUAUACAAUCAUGUUUGGUCCAGAUAAAUGUGGAGAGGACUAUAAAUUGCACUUCAUCUUCCGCCACAAAAACCCCAAAACGGGUGAAUAUGAAGAAAAGCACGCUAAGAGACCAGAUGCAGAUCUGAAGACCUAUUUUACUGAUAAGAAAACACAUCUUUAUACAUUAAUCUUGAAUCCAGAUAAUAGUUUUGAAAUACUAGUGGACCAAACUCUUGUCAACAGUGGAAAUCUACUAAAUGACAUGACUCCUCCUGUAAAUCCUUCCCGGGAAAUUGAGGACCCAGAAGACCGGAAACCUGAGGAUUGGGAUGAAAGACCAAAAAUACCAGAUCCUGAUGCUGUCAAACCAGAUGACUGGGAUGAAGAUGCCCCUGCUAAAAUUCCUGAUGAAGAAGCCACAAAGCCCGAUGGCUGGUUAGAUGAUGAGCCUGAAUAUGUAGCUGAUCCAGAUGCGGAAAAGCCAGAGGAUUGGGAUGAAGAUAUGGAUGGAGAGUGGGAAGCUCCUCAGAUUGCCAACCCUAAGUGUGAGUCGGCCCCUGGAUGUGGUGUCUGGCAAAGACCUAUGAUUGAUAACCCCAAUUAUAAGGGCAAAUGGAAGCCCCCCAUGAUUGACAACCCUAACUACCAGGGAAUCUGGAAACCCCAGAAAAUACCAAAUCCAGAUUUCUUUGAAGAUCUGGAACCUUUUAAAAUGACUCCUUUUAGUGCUAUUGGUUUGGAACUGUGGUCCAUGACCUCAGACAUUUUUUUUGACAACUUUAUCAUUUGUGGCGAUCGAAGAGUGGUUGAUGAUUGGGCCAGUGAUGGAUGGGGUCUGAAGAAAGCUGCCGACGGGGCUGCCGAGCCAGGUGUAGUGGGGCAGAUGCUGGAGGCAGCCGAAGAGCGUCCGUGGCUCUGGGUGGUCUAUGUUUUGACUGUAGCACUGCCCGUGUUCCUUGUAAUCCUCUUCUGCUGUUCUGGCAAGAAACAGUCCAGUCCUGUGGAGUACAAGAAGACUGAUGCUCCUCAGCCAGAUGUGAAGGAAGAAGAAGAGAAGGAAGAAGAAAGGGACAGGGGAGAUGAGGAGGAAGAAGGUGAAGAGAAACUUGAAGAGAAGCAAAAAAGUGAUGCUGAAGAAGAUGGCAACACUGUCAGUCAAGAGGGCGAAGAUAGGAAAUCUAAAGCAGAGACCAAGUAGAAUCAAGGAGACUGGAUAGGAGGCUGCUGUGCGAAUCAGGAGGAUGACAUUUUGAACAAAUCACCAAGAAACAGAAAGCUAAGAAGAGAGUAAAAUUAUCUUAAGAACUUGAUAUGUGAUUUCCUCUCCCUCCCCUUCCUCUGCAAGUGUGGUCCUAGGAGAGAACCUGGCACAUCUUAGGUUGAGACUCAGAAAGCCUCCAGAUGUCACCUUCAACAAGUUUCAGUCAAACACUAGCCCGUGUAAUUUUAAACAUCUAGCAGUAAAUGCAAUUGUGACAAAAAGGACCGUUUCUGUAGAAAGAAAGCAUUUAACAAUGGUUGUGAAUUGUAACAUGAAGCAACUAAUUUGUAUUUUUUUUGUUCUGUUUUUAAACAUCUUUGUUUUUUUAAUAGAGUAAUAGAAUUUUGCCAGUCUUUAAAAUCUUGGCUUAAUUUAAUAUAUUGAUGUGUCCAUGCAGAAAUAACACCAACUUUUAGAAAUGCUAGGGGGAUGAACUGCAGUUUUUAGAACCAAUUUUGUUUGAGUUUGGUAUUACAAAGCAUUCAAGUGUCUCUGUCCCUUAAAAUUGAUAAUCAUGUUUAAAGUGCAGUUAUUUGUCAUUAUAAUCUUGUAUUGUUUACUUCCAUUCCUCCUAAAGAAAUUGAGGAGAGGGAUUGAAUGGAAGCCCAAAUUUAUACAAAGGUUCUGUUUAAUUGUAUUAAAAAUGGACAUAUACAAAGAAAAAAGACGUUUCACUCGAUGUUGGUUAGACCAUAAAGUGUGUGUGUGUUCUGUUGUGCUUGGAACAGCUCAGUUCACAGACAGGUUUAAGUUAGUGGAGGAGGUGGUAUAGUGUGGCAUUUGGGCCUUUAUCCUCUGCACACCCGUGUCUGGGCUGCAGUCUUCUUGAACAGGUGGCUUUUUUAAGGACUGCUACCAGGACAUGUGCGCUCCAGAGAGAACCUGGUGUUUUCAUCCCAUCUUCCAUUCUAUGGACACUGUUUCCCUCCCUGUUUCCCGGAGUCCUAGCUUUCUCCUCUGCUUGCCUUUUCUUCACAGCGCCUUGCUGUCCGUUGCUGAAAAUGAUGAUGAGCUCUGCAUAGUGUUAAGCUUUAUUGUGAUUGUGUAUGUUUCUUCCUUUUUUAAGCAGACCUGCACCUUUCCAGGGUCAAGUACAGGAUAGAAUGCUAUCUUUUACUUUUUUUAAUCCAUUUCUCUUACUCUGUGUAAAGACUAGAAGUCUAUCCAGAUGUGAGCCAAUUCAGAAUUGACUGUAAUUGAACACAGGCUAAAAAGUACUGAUGGGAGGAGUCACAUAGAGCAUGAGUUAUCCAAUUUUUGUAGCUGCUAAACCUUUAAGUUAUCAUUUGCAGUUCAUGUAAGAGUUGUGUCUUAAAUUACAUGAUAAAGCAGUCCUGUUAAAAAUAAUAAUUUUUUUUUAGUAUGUGGAUUGUAGAAUAUUUUAAUAAGUGAUGUUAGGUUUGUUUUUUCAUAUGGAAUGCAGAUGGGUGCUAUCAGAGCCUCUCCCCCAUCACAGUGUAAUAACCUCACUAUUACACCACACUGAAGUAUAUUCAAAAUUAGAUGUUCUUUUAGCUUUAUUCUUUCUUCAGAGCUGUUUCAAAUAUACCGAUGAUACUGUUCCUUGCACUGAAUAUAUAAACACUCCAGAGUGUUUAUAUUGGGGAGAUUUUGGGGAGGAAGUAUAUUUGUAAAAGAUGAAGGCUGUAUCUGUUUAUUUUGUUUAUCUCAAUUUUUUACCAGUUCACUUAAAUUCUUAUGAGGGUGGGAUGCAUUUUUCUUGCUGUUCAGUGCUUUAUUCUUUUCAUCUGGUGUUCUGUGGUCACAGUGACCUUAGCUAUGUAGCACACUUUCCCAAAUGUAUUGAGCGCGAAUAAACAGUUACUUGGCAAGACCUGAAAA